AUGGUUCUCGUGCGCCAGCUGUGCGUUGCCAUCUCUGCCAAGCCGUCAGUCAUCCCUUUCAGUCACAAGGUGAGCCCACUCGUUUCCCAUGCAUGCCCCUUGCAAGGCAGCCAUUUGACCCUGUUCCUCCCCUUUCAUCCCCUUCCUUCCCUUUCCAUGACCAAUCAUGUGCUACCAGCGCCCUCCAUCAAGCAUUUCUCCGUCCGUCCUCCUGCCUCCCCCCUGCAGGACCCGCCAGUGCUGCUCGCUGAUCGCACGGCCCUCUGCUGUGCUCUGCUGCACGCGCUGGUGGGGGAGGAUGCGCACGCAGGGGUCCCAGUUGGGGAUAACGGGGAGGAUGAGGGGGAGGGGUGUGGGGGAAGGCCAGUGGGGGAUAACGGGGAGAGUAACGAGGAGAUGUGUGCAAGGAGAGGAAGGGAGAGCAAGGACGGCUCAGGAGGUAGUGCGGUAACGCACGGCGCCGGGUCAUCACGGGGAAAGCUGGAGCUGUACUUCAACACGCGGUGCACAGGCAUUGACAUCAAUGCACACACUGUCACCCUGCAGCCCGCCCCGGGGGGGAAUGCUGCGCCCCGCACCCGCCUGCAGCCCGCUCACUCAGUAGAGCGGCGAGCCGUGGUGACAGGGGCAGUGGCUGUGGCAGGUGCAUCAGCAGCAGGCGUGGCGAGCAGUGAGUGUGGAGGUCCAGCUGGUGCUGGUGUGGACGCCCAGCGCCUCCAGCAGCACCCGCCAGCCCAGCUCACCUAUGACCUCCUGGUGGGGGCGGAUGGGGUGCGCUCUGUGGUGCGGAGCGCGCUGGUGAGCAGCGCGGGGGGGUUCGCCAUGGAGGCACUGCCGCUCUUUGGGGAGUGGGUCGUGGCCUCCAUCCCUGCCCCCACCUCCCUUCCCCCCAACUCCAUGAUUCUUGUUCCAAGGGUUCCCCGCACUCCUGGCAUAUCGGUGGUGGGGCUCCCAGCACAGGGCGGCAAACUUUGUCUGUUGUGGGCAUGGUCGGCCUUGGCACGGCCUGCUGAGUGGUUGGCGCUGAGAAGCAAUGAUGAGGACAGGGAGGACCAUGCGGUGGGGAGGACGGACGCAAGGAAGGAGGGGGAAAGCGUGGGUAGCAAGCACGGUGUGACUGGUGCAAUGGAGAAUGCAGCGGGUGAAGGGAGUGUGGCUGGAGGGAGUGUGGCUGGAGGGAGUGUGGCUGAGGGGAGUGUGGCUGGAGGGAGUGUGGCUGGAGGGAGUGUGGCUGAAGGGAGUGUGGGUGGAGGCGGUGGAAAUGCAGGCAGGGUUGUUGAAGCAGAUGGGGAGGGGGAGGAAGGGAGGGAGAGGGGAGAUGGGGGGCAGGUGCAGCAGGAGGGCAGGAGAAGCAGAGCGAGGGCGUACAUUGAAGAGAGAGUGCCAUGGCUGGGAAUGACAGAGGACGGGGCGGAGACACUGUUGAACCAGCAGCCACGCACAAGCAUGCGGAUCAAGUGCUGGCAGUAUCACGACUCUGCCGCCCAGAUCGCUCUAAUCGGCGACUCAGCACAUGCCACGUGUCCAUCCCUGGGCCAGGGCUGCAACGCCGCCAUCACCGAUGCUACAGUGCUUGCCCGGCUGCUUCUGGGGGAGGUGAAGUUAUCAAGGCUGACAGGGUUGGGGGGCAGAGUGGCACCAGAGAGAAGAGCCGGCGUGGGGGCAGAGGAGGGGAGGAGGGACGCAGACAGAGCAAUGUGUGCAGCAUCACCGCAGCACCUGCGCACACACCUUGCUGGGAUGCUCGCUCGCUACUCUGCUCUUCAGGUGCCGGAAGGCCAUGCCCUGGUUGACCUCUCAGACGCUGGUGCACCCAUCAGCAACCUCUACUCU